CGCAGAUCUUGCGUGUGCGUACAGACUACGCAUUGCCUGCUGAUCCUGAUGCUCAAUAAGCCUCUUCUUUCAUCCCGGCUGCCCCCCCUCAUCGCCGUCUUUAUCCAACCUUUCCUUGUGGUCAGCAACAGACCAUCACAAUCCAUCAAUCCAAAACACUACAAGGCCGCGCUUCUCUCUGCUGACUCACUUGUCUGUCUGUCUGCAGAGUGCCUUUCGCUCUAUCCUGGUGUCUUCACACUCGCUCAACCGUCGUGCACGAAGCCCUCUCGCGGCUCACUGGAGGACAGCGCGACGAACGAGCAUGUCAAGCGCAUCGACAGAAGUAAGCGAGCGCAUGUGGACUGACUGGCACCGCAUCGCCUCGUUGUAUGCUGUAUGGUGGAUAUCUGCGCUGCGUGUCGUUCAGGCCAACGGUCGGCUCCCCAUUGAUUCAGCACUGAUUGUUGGGUGUGGCUACGUGGGGUCUGCUGUGGGCAAGGCGCUGAGGGAGCAGGGUGUGCGUGUGGAGGCCACCACCACACGCCCCGAGAGGGCCAGCGACCUGCUGGACGAGGGCGUGGUCGACUCGGUGUGCACCAUACCCACUGAAGCGCCCGGUGACGCGAGCAAAGACCCAAUGACGGGUGCGCUUCAUGAGGCUGACGCUGUGUUCAUCGCUGUGGCGCCGGGGUAACGGAUAGAACAACAUGUGGUUGCCAGGCAGGCAUGCAGUUGAUGUGUGUGUGUUGCUGUCCUUGAGUGCAGGCGCUCGAUGAGGGGCGUGCCCGACGCGUAUCCCAAGACCUAUGUGGGGACUGUGCGUCGGGUGCUGAAGGGCCUCGAGGGCAAGAAGAAGCCUACACGGGUGGUCUACAUCAGCAGCGGAAGUAGGCAGACAGACAGACAGACUGACUCUCAGACAGAGGGAUGCCCAAUAGGAUCUUCUUGUGCCUCCUUGCUCUUCUCUUCCCUUUAGGUGUGUACGGGACGUACGACGAUGGUCGAAUCGUCACCGAGGACACCCCGCCAGCCAACCCCAGCGACAACCAACAGACGCUGAUCGAGGCAGAGAAGGUACACAGCACCCACCCAACCUGCCUUUCUGCAUCAACACGCCACGCCCCUUUCCUUCACACAUCACUCUCCCCGCUACUGUCAUACGGAUGGAUGUCUUCAGCUGCUGUUGGAUGCCGCCAAGGCCUCCCAAGACAUGAUCCGCGUAAGCAUCCUUCGGCUGGCGGGCGUGUGGGGCCCCAACAGACCCAUCAGGAGUGUGGUUGAGAGAGUGGCGGGCCAGGAAGUGCCAGGGACGGGCGAGACAUUCGUGCACUGGACGCACCUCAAGGACAUUGUGGCUGCCUCCCUGUUCGCCCUGAGGAAUGGGCUGGAGGGCGCUUACAACGUCUGCAGCCCACCCGUCCUGAGGAAGAAGCUCUAUGAUGUGGUCAGUCAGUCGGUCGACAGAGAGGAGGAGAUAGAUGGACACAUUGUUCGCAUGCUGGUGUGAUCUUUGGGGUGUGUUGUGCUCUUCAUGUUCAGAUCUGUGAGCUCGAAGGCCUUCUGCCCGUCAAAUGGCAGGGCCCCGGGGAAGGAGGGUGAGCACACACACGCACCUACACAAACAAAUGGGGUGAUGUAUGUCUGUCUAUCUCUGUGUGUCUGCUGUUAUUGUGUGUGUGUGUGUGUGUGUGUCAGUGAGUACACAGGUCGUGGCGGCAACAAGCGGCUGGACUGCAGCAAGAUCACGGGGCUGGGCUUCAAGCUGCUAGUGCCAGACACCAUCCAGGAGCUGCAGAACGCAUACCAAACGGUGGCCGACUGAUCGCAUCCAUCGCAUCGCAUGAGUCUGUCAAACAAACAUGAGCCUGACUGGGUCUGUGCAUGACAAACGGAUUGAUGGAUGGAUGGACCUAUUUGUUAGUGGACAGAUGCGACGCUGCGCGUGAGACAGAGAGAUUUGUCGAUCCGUAUCCAUUACCAGAUUCCGAUCUGUUAAAUGUCUUGUGGGGCCCCCAUUGUGUCCAACGUUCUGCAGUCAACGUUCCUCCUCGUGAGUCUGCGCAAUGAAGCUAUGUGGCUUGUCGACCGCCGCUGUGGCGUCAUGGGGCCUCACCAUCUUACUCGUCAUCGUGUCAGCCGCCGCCCAUUCUCGUCACUUGGAGUGCGGCCGGCGCCCUUGUGGCUCAGAGCUUCAACGACACAAAAUGGGGCGCUGUCCACUAUGCCGACCACCCCUUCUAUCACCAGAACGACAAGGAAGACUCCCCCAUGCUAAGGGGGCUGCAAGUUGAAGCCGACAACAGCACUGGCAGCGUGACUCAUUUUGUGCCAAUGCGGAUCUUCUUGCACAACGACGGAAUGAGCGAGUCCCUCACGGACACUGCCUUGCGAGAGUAUGUUGUGGGGGACGUGCUGCCGACGGCGACUUUGUGGAUCCAGGUGCAUGUGUGGAUGGAACCUUCUCUUUGCCGACAGACACCUGUCGCCUUUUUCUUUUGCAGGAGCUGUUGAGUGUCAUUCCUGUCCAAGGCAAGCUGGAGCUGGAACCCUUCUGCUCGGCAGCAUGGUGAGCAUGGCAAGUCACGGGAGGUCGAUCCCUCGACAUGACAUUUGUUGUGGUCUCAAUCAAUUCUCUUCAUUCAGGACGUCGUCUCAGGGAGACAGCAUCUGCGCUGUGCUGGGCAGCAACUACAACACAUGCGGCGAGAGCAUUGUUCCAGAGGACCACUUUAAGGAGACGGCCGUCUGCGCCUCCAGCCCGUCCGACUGUGCAGCCCCCUUUGGUGGCAAUGGGCCAUCAGACAGUGACUUCAUCCUCUAUGCCUCAGCCACGAAGUCCGCAAACUGCGUGGGCAACCGGCUGGGUUAUGGAGGAUCUUGCUUUCGCGACCAAUACGACAGGCCCGUUGCUGGAUUCGUCAACCUCUGCCCCGACAUGCUCGUGGGCCAUCUCGACCCACAGGAGUGGCGGAGCGAGAUCGGCUUUGUAGUGCAUGAGAUCUUCCAUGCACUUGGCUUCUCUGGCUCAGACAUUGCCUUCUUUCGCGAUGACAGGUGCGCCCGAGGGACGCACCAACACCGAACAUCGAUAUAUGUGUGUGUGGUUUGACAGCGGGAAUCCCAGGACUGCGAGGGGCUCCAAUGGCCGCCCGCCGCUGGACAACACCUACGGCCUUCUCUAUGCUCCCGACAGCACCUCUGCAGAGAUAACUGAGGCAGACGGCAACACUAGACUCAAACUGACCACACCAAAAGUCAAGGAAAUCGGUGAGUCAGCCAGCUGCCAUGUGCGUCUCUCGUUGUCACGAGCUGUCUGUCUAUUGGGUGCAGGUCGGCAGUACUUCGGCUGCCCCAAUCUUGACGGCGUCUAUAUGGAGAAUGAGGGCGGGCAGGGAAGCGCCUUCAGCCACUGGGAGCGGCGGCUCCUCUACAGCGAGACCAUGGCAUCCGUCAGCAGCAAAUUCGACACCCUGUCGGCCUUCACACUCGCCUUCUUUAGAGACAGUGGGUGGUACCUUCCCGACUUCUCAAUGGCAUCGUCGUUCCCAUGGGGAGACGCGGCAUUCAAUGGCGAUGGAUGCACGUUUGUCGAAGGCCCCUGCGUGCCAUCGCUGGAGAGCGAGCAGGCGCACUGAAUGCGACAUCGUCCACACUGCCGUUCUGCCUGGACACCACUCGG